GCAAGGGUUGUAACUUGUCAGACUGUUGCCUGAUUGUUUACGGGCGCCAGCUGAUCGUCGGGCACGGAGGGGGCGAUGUGUCCUUGCGCCGAGCUGAGGGGACGAAGCCUUUUGCUGUAAUUAGGAGCCUCCCACGGUGCUCUGAGGGCGUCCUGUGCUGCGAGGCACUGACGGGGCCGUACCCAGGGCGGACGACUCCCCCAUCUGAUAAAUGAUCAUAAUUUGGCAGCUACCGUCAAGAUGGGGAACGUCAACAAGGCCAUGAGUGAGGCCACUCGGAAAAAUCAGGAGUUCAUGAUGGAGACGCAGAGGGUGCAGCUAGAGAGGCAGAUACACAUGCAAAAUGAAAUGCGUGAGAAAAUGAUGUCCAUGCAGAUUGCUCGGUCCAGAGAGCUGUUGUAUUGGUUCGGAUCCUUCUAUGUCAUCGCAGCAAUAGGAAUGAUCACCGGGUUCAGACGUACUCGUAAACCCGGCACUCUUGUACCCUUGCUCCCGCUCUCCUUUAUAAUGGCAUACCAAGGAGACUUAGCUUAUGGAUCUAAGCUGAACAGAAUCAAAAUGGAGGCUGAGAACAUCCUAAUGUUUGAACGAGACCUGGUGUCAGUGCCCAUGGGAGUUCCCACUCCGUCAUCCAUUGACGAGGCUCGGGAGCGCCAGGAGGAGAACAAACGACUUAACAAGGCUCUUCAUCAGCAUCGUAGUGGGUAUUACUAGCCUGCUCUUCACACCGCUACUCUCCUUACUUUGCUUUGUACAUUCGUCAGUUCCACGACACGAGUGAUGGGAGUGGCUAGGGAAGGGGACUCACUGCAUGGGUUCACUAAAAUAAGGGUCUGGUUAACUAAUGGAUAAUGGUAGAAGGAAGAUUAUUUCAAACUGAUUAAAAAUUAUACUUAUUUUUUUUUUAAAUGGCAAAUGCAUUAUGUCAAGUCCAAAUUUCCUGUAAUUGGCAUGCAUUACCUUGGGUUGAUUGUAAGUGUAAUUUCACUUGUGAAUAUUACUUCCAGUUCAUGUUUCAGUUUUCCAAACUGAUACUACUUGCAGUUAGUUGUCCACAAGUGUACUCAUUGACUUUUCAAAUUAGUUUUUGAUUAACAAGUUUGCAGCUGUUGGAGAAAUGCAAACAUAUAGAGUUGAGACUUUGCAUAUUCCUUGUAAAUGAAACCUACUAUUUAAAGUACUUAAUUGUCUUUGAACUCACUGUCAUAAGCAUAGUAGUUGUAAAUCUUUAUUAUGCUGGAGAUACAUAUGCACAGGGAAAUUAUAGCCUGUCAUUGCAACAAGAACCCAUCAACAGUGUUCAGAGGCAAACUUUUAUAUUAUAUUCAGCUCUUACCACUGAAGAAAACAAGCAGUACAAACAAAACAGUUUUCAGUAUCAAUCAUAGUUGAAGAAAUCUCCCUUGGGAAUGACCUCCUUCUAACAUUUUCUGAAGUUAUUUGUUAGUGCUGCUGAGUUACCUGUCAGUCUGUCAAGUCUGCCAAGUUAAUGAACUAAAUUCAUGUCAAGGUUGCAUGUAUGUAAAUUAAUGUAUUUCAAUUUCACUCCUAAAUCACAUAUGAAUUUAAUUUAAUUUAAAAUACAUCAUAUUACAUUAUAUGCAUCCUUUAAUCUAAUAGUGUGUUAUAUGUUCUGUACAGUGUAACUUGGUGGUGUAUUUAUAGUGAAAAAAAAUGUAACUGAUCUUUAAAUUGUGCAUCACAAUUUGUACAAAAUUUAUUUUACCAUAGAGAACUUUUUGACUUUGUCAUAAUUAAUGGUUUUCAUUUAAUCAUAAAAUUUUCCUUAGUUAAUAAUGAAGAUAACAGGGUAAGAUAAGAUGGGCCUUUUGAUAAUUAAUUGAAAUCCAGUAAGUACAAUGAAGUCUUUUUCGUUAUCGCAUUGGUCAAAGCAUUUUGUAGUGACAGCCAAACUAGUUCUUCCGUGUCUGUGAUGCUUCAGUACCACUGUGGAAUCCCUCUAAAUGGAUGUGCAUGCCCCUAGUUACCAGCUGUUCCUUUUUUCCUCAUGUGCUUGUAUCCUUCAAACUUUAACUUUCAUCUCUGUUUUGUUUCCUCCACACUUUUUUUUUUUUUUCUUUUUUUUUUUCUAAUGUAUCAGGUACUCACCAUUUUAGUGUAUUAGUGUGCGUGUUUGCUUUUAUUACUAUAAUUGCCUUGAGUUCACAGUGACACUACUAUUUUUUUUAUGAUCCUUUGAUUUUCAUAUUUGCCCUUCACUGCACUGUAAGAGCAUGCCACUUCUUUCCAGUGAUGAUAUUGCCCAACAGUAAUUCAUGAUGUUGUACUGACCUGUCCCAAUCUCGUUCUGCAUCCUCCCAUACUUGCACAACCAUGCAUUUAAGUAUUUUAAUUUUCAUACAGUUUUCAAGGAUCAUUGAUUAACUUAAUGUAGUUUAUGUCCAGCCAUGGCAGGAUUUCUUUCCAGAUGCCAUUUUUAGAAAGUUACAACUUUUACUUGUAUCAUUAAAACUAGAGUUCCCCAAAACAGGAUUGCUACAAUAAUCUAAAUCCAUCAUAUUGCUUACUAUUUCAUUCCUGUACUAUACUUUUUUUUAUUACCUCAUCCAAAUUUAAUGUUACAAAAAAUUAUCCAGUCUUUGACCAUAGCAUCAUUUCUAAUCAAUUACAUAAAAAUGUGUUCUAUAUCCAUUAGACAAGAAGUUGAUAGGCUGCUUAGUUUAUUAUGACCUUGCUUUUUGCUUAUGCAGUAACUAUAAGGAUUAUUUCAAAACUAUUUUGCACUUCAUGCAUUAAAGUGUGUAUGUUAUACAUAAAGCAGGAGAACAGGAUCUGUUAGGAACGACGUGUGGGUUCCAUUUUGUGUGAUGCCAUGAAGGGGGAGGGGAGGAGAGAGAGAGGAGAGGAGAGGAGAGGAAAGGAGAGGAGAGGAGAGGAGAGGAGAGAGAGAGAGAGAGAGAGAGAUAGAGAGAGAGAGAGAGAGAGAGAGAGAGAGAGAGAGAGAGAGAGAGAGAGAGAGAGAAUUAUUCAAGUCUGGGUAUGAGUUGGAAUAUGAGGAGAAAUGACGUGACAAAGAACUAAUGGACUGUAUAUCAAUUUUGAAAGUCAUCAUGACAUAUCCUCCGUAAGUUCAAUAACAUCUACAAAAGGUCUUUCCUCCCAUGGUUGUCUUGAAUAAGCUAAAGUUGCACUAAGUCUCUAAGUGAAAUAAUUUGUGAUAUGGUCAUAGUUUUUUAUCUCGGUGCUAAUGUAAUAUGAAUGGUUAAUAUACUCCUUGAUAUUUAAUAUACAAAUAAUAUCCUGGCCAUACAGUUAAUUCAGGCACCAUGACCUCCUUCCAUGCCCACAUGUUCACCAAAAUGAUCACUUUGAUGUAGCAAAAAUGUAUACUUACCAUCUCAUAUUUGUUAAAACAUUCCAUGUAACAUUCCAGCUAUUCUGUAUGCUUUUUAAGAAAUUUAUGAUUACCUCUAGUAUGUCAACACUCUUGUAUGUUGUGUCUUCCUCGAUAUUUGCCUAUGGUUCUUAUUGUCUGAUAAUAGCAUUCUUUUUAAAAGCUAUCCGUUGUUUGUUGCAUUUUUAUCAGCGUCAGUCUCAGAAAUAUUUUUUUAAUGAAAAAUCAAGAUAUAUUGAUUAGCAACAGAUCCCUAUAAACAACAAGUUCAUCAAAUAAUCAUGUGGUGCCUUGUUUGCAUCAUUUCUGUUUUGGUCUGUUUCCAGUCCUUCAAGUCAUCAACCUUAGCACUAACAUUUACUAAUGCUAGCAGGCAUUUACCUCUCAAGCCGUUUUUCACUUACUGAAUUUUCUUGCCAUCCCUCUGAACUUUCUUUUCUUUGGUUUACCUCCUGUUAUUUUAUACAGAAAGAUGACUUUGCAUAUGAUUUUCUUUAGAUAUUUAUCCUUUCACUGUAGUGCAACCUGUUUGGGAUUUGAGGAUUCAUUAUUAUACAGUGACUGAAGUGUUGUAUUAAAUGGUGAUCAUUGUUGAAUUUGUAAAAUGAGGUUGAUUGAAAUAACAAUUAACUGUGCCACUUCUUUUUAUAUCAAUCCUUCCUUACAUUACAUAUUCCUUCUUCGUGUUCUGUGAUUCAUUCUUGAUUAUCAAUUAUCCCAUCCAACUGCCAUUUCACAUAUCAUUGCUCUUCCUUACAUAAUGACUAUGGCAUUAUUGUAUGGUGCAUACGACUCAGGCAAGAACUGCUAGUUUAUAUGUUGCUGAGAUUGGUAGUGGAGUAACUUUUAAGCCUGUUUAACUUUUGUGGGACAUUUUUACUAAAGCUUUAAUGAAUCAUGAACUAUGAGUGAUAUCAGACCACUCAGUACUGUAAGGAAAUGGUUAGGCAUUGGCAGGACUCAGGUGAGGAAAUGCAUGGGUAAUCAGGGACAUUGAUUUGUAUGCCACAAUUAUUAUCACUACUCUGACAAGUCAAUAAUUUUUGUUUAUUUCUUC